AUGGACAAACACAAUCUAACAGUGCUGAAUGAAUUCAUUCUGAUGGGAAUCACAGACCAUCCUGACCUGCAGGUGCCAUUGUUUGGGCUGUUCCUCAUCAUCUACAUGAUCUCAGUGGUGGGCAACUUGGGCAUCAUCAUCCUCACCAAGAUGGACUCCAAGCUACAAACACCCAUGUACUUUUUUCUCAGACACCUGGCUAUCACUGAUCUUGGUUAUUCAACAACUGUGGGACCUAAAAUGUUGGUAAAUUUUGUUGUAGAUGAAAAUACAAUCUCCUAUUGUUUUUGUGCUAUACAGCUAGCUUUCUUUCUCUUUUUCAUCACUAGUGAAUUAUUCAUUCUGUCAGCAAUGUCUUAUGAUCGCUAUGUGGCCAUCUGUCAUCCUCUGCUCUACACAGUCAUCAUGUCACAAAAGGUUUGUCCAGUGUUGGUGGCAAUCCUCUAUGUUUAUAGCACAUUUGUUUCUCUUCUUAUCACCGUAAAGAUUUUUAAUUCAUCCUUCUGUGGCUACAAUGCCACCAGUCUUUUCUACUGUGACUGUCUCCCCUUAGUAUCUUUGCUCUGCUCAAACACACAUGAAAUUGAAUUGAUGAUUCUCAUCGCAGCAUCUAUUGAUUCGAUUUCACCCCUUCUAAUAGUUCUUAUUCUUAUCUGCUUGUUUUUGUAG